AUGGCUACGAAGGAAAGAGGCAGAAUAUCCAAUCUUUGGCCGGUAGCGGAGGGGUAUCAACUCGGAAAGCUGUCAGACGAAGAUGGGCAAUUCUCUCAGCAGCAAGGCAGGAGACAGAAAAUAAAAAGAAACACGUGGCUGACAGAUAGCACAAGAAACAUCACCUGGCACACCGGCCUCACUCGCCAAGAGCGCAACCAGGCUCGGGGCCAAAAGGGCUACACCAUCUGGUUCACUGGCCUGUCGGCCUCCGGGAAGUCUACCGUGGCCACGGCCCUCGAGCAGCACCUCUUGCACCUGGGUGUGGCUGCCUACCGCCUCGAUGGUGACAACGUCCGCUUUGGUCUCAAUAAGGAUCUCGGCUUCUCCGAGAAGGACCGCAACGAGAACAUCCGCCGCAUCGCCGAGGUCGCCAAGCUAUUUGCCGACUCGUCGACUGUCGCCAUCACAUCCUUCAUCUCUCCCUACCGCGCAGACCGCCAGCUAGCUCGCGAGCUGCAUACGCAGUCUGGCCAGGCCGGCAACGCUCCCCUAGAGUUCAUCGAGGUUUAUGUCGACAUCCCGAUCGAGGUCGCAGAGCAGCGGGACCCCAAGGGCCUGUACAAGAAGGCCCGCGCUGGCGAAAUCAAGGAGUUCACCGGCAUUUCAGCACCAUACGAGGCUCCCCUGGAAGCUGAGAUCACCAUCAAGACGCACGAAAACACCGUCGAAGAGUGCGUCGCACAGAUCGUGGAGUACCUGAAGAGCAAGAGCCUCCUGUUUAUUCCGACUGCGUCUGCAUAA